GACGAGACGACGGAUGUGGAGCUCGAUCCGAAAAGCUAAACUUCGCUUCCCGUGCCGAUCGUAUAGUCUCGGCAGAACCUCGCUCUCCGUACAUUGCAAUCCGACCUGGAGACCAAACUGAAGAUCACCAUGUCCAACCUUCAACUGGCCGAGAUGAAUUCGGAACUUCUAGAAGAAGCCCUUAAGCGAGGCGGAGAGGGAUUCGCAGGCCGAAUGGGCCCUGUUGUCCAUCACGGCCAAUACGCUUCUUCCUCGAUGUCCGAAGCGGCCAGAAACGGGAAUCAACCCAAGACGACGGUCGGUUUCAAGAAGGACGUCGUCAACUCGACCGCUCCUGUGCGACAUAGCAUGGAUUCGAUCGCGGUGGGCUACAAUCCCGCCAUGGUCUCGGCCUUUGGAUACGGUGGGAUGCGAGGUUCGUUGGCGGGUGCGAUUGCGAGCGGGAACAACAGUCCGGUCAAUUCGAGAAACGUCUCGCGGGCUCCCAGUAGACAAGGGAGUGAAUCAGGCCGGGAGAGGGAGAGCUCUGCACCGGGCGUCAAGGUUCAACCACCAAGUCGACCACUGAGUGCCAUCCCGGCUGGAUACGAUCCGAACGCUCGUCCUUCGAUGACUCGGCGUAGGAGCUCGGACGGUAUGACGGGAUCGGGAACGCCUGGUGCAGCCGACGUUGCUGAAGGCGGGGCGCGAUCCGUCUCGGGUCAAGGUCCACCUAAACCCAGCCAGCUCACUCGAUCCAACACGCUCAAGGCGACUGCCAUGCCCACGCCUCGUCGACCGACCAAUGCUCGACCGCCCAUGGAACGAUCAGUGACUACCGGACCUGGAUCGGUUCCAGGCGAUCUUACCUUCUCGGAAUCCCUCGGCUCGGUCGGGUCAAGCUUGGGGGGUUUCUUCCGCAAGAACCUGGAGAAGAACGGUGCUGCUGCAGGUUUUAUGCGCGAGUUGGGUCUGAACCAGCUCAAGAUGCCUGAUCUGAAUAGCUUGCCGAUCGCCAUGCCCACUCCUGGAAGCAUGACGCCUCGAUCAGAAUUCCUCGCUUCGAGCCCGCCGACGUCGACACAUUCGGUACCCAAACCGAUCGGCAGCAUGCUCGAAGGCCAAUCCGGACCCAGCUUGGCAGAGGUGCAGAAGCUUCGAGCGACCCUCGCACAAUCCCAGACCACGCUUAAAGCGUUGACGGUCGAAUUGGACACCUUGAAAAAGGCCAAAUCCGAUCUUGAGUCGGAACUGGAGUCGCUCUCACAGGCGCUCUUCGAAGAAGCCAACAAGAUGGUCGCGGAAGAGAGGAAGAAGCAUUCGUCCUCGAUCGACGAGAUCAAGCGGGAACUCAGCGAAGUGCGGGAAGAGCUCGAUGAGGUUCGUAAGGAACGCGAGGCGGUCAAACGUACGAUGGUCCUGCUCGAAGGUGGCAGCUUACCGGAAGAGCGCAAAUCGGAGGAGGUCAAGGAGGAUGGGAGCGCAAUCUCGGCUGAAGCUCCCACGGCACCUGCCCCUAAGCCGCGGGUCGCGACCGCAGAAGAGGUCGAACAACUCAUGAAGCGAAUGGAAGAGGACUUUGGAAAACUAUAAUAUCACGAGAGUCGUACUGUUUCAGGCCGUCCCGACAUAGAUCUGUUCGGGUGUAUCAACAAAACGUACAAACAUAUAUAUCCUCCACCUUUCUUACUUGGUUGACUAGAUGCCGCCAGGGCAAUUUUUCAACC